UACCUGAGACCGCUAGAGAGCGUCCAUUAGCUGGAAUUUUGCGUUAAACUGCGCCAAACAGUAGAUUUGUAUAUCGUUUAAUCGAUAUUUUAGCGUCAGAAAUGAAUGGAAAAUCGAUGCCAGCAUAAAAAGUUUCACUUCCAUACUCCGCGAAUCUACGCAAAAGUCGCGCCAAAAACGUAAAGUGGUAAUGCCCUUAUCGCCAGAGCGCAUUCACACCAUUCACACCAACAGCUACUUUUAUGAAAUUGAAGGUGAUAGUGAGCCGGUCGAUGGACUUCCUCAUUUGAGUCGGAUAGUCAGUAGCAGCGGCCUCUAACACGUCAAGAUGUCGCUUACAGACUGUCUUGAAUCUGGACUCGACUUCAUUGAAUUUCUGGGAGACAGAAUAUCCAACACCAGCAAGAAGGAACUUCGUGACAUCUACAACUCUGAAUUUAAGGGCAGGGAAGGUAUAAAAGACCCUAGGUUUUGCAGUGUUUUCCAUGCCCUUCUGAAAUUCAACAAAAUCUACAUAAGACACGGGAAGAUCUUGAUAAAUGUCAGACCUCAGGUUAGAGUGUACUGUGACCAGUGGAGGAGGCCCCAGGCCAGUCAGCCACCAUGCAGUCCGAGCACGGGCCCCCAGGGGACAGCUACACCUACACCUUCGACCCCUGUAAUGCCUGUGCUGACCCCCAAGAAAAAGCUGGCUACAGAUGUCUUACGCAAGUUAAAGGCGAACCGGGAAAAGUUGACAGCUGACAAAGGGGGCAUUGAGAUCACUUCAGACCCUGUGACGCAGGCUGGAAAGGUUCAUUUCACUGUGGAUCGUCUGAGGGAGUUGUUCAUUGUCAGGUUCCACAUUGUAAACAAGGGCCCAAACUGUGUGCACUUCACCUACUACACUGUGCUGCACAGGAUCCGCUGUUUCACUCUCGAGGAUGAGAGGAGAGUGACCAGAGCCUGCCCACUGUUCCUGUGUACUGGCGAAAGCUAUGAAGUUGUGGUUCGGUACAUGCUGAACCACUAUGGAUAUUUCCCUGCCACGAUGUACUUUGAGUUCUGCCCGGCUCUACCGGGAUCUGUGCCCUUUUGCAUUGUGCGGGAGAUGGAGGCAGUAGCCAGGACGCCACUGGCAGUAGAGCUGGGGCCUGUGUCUCCUUACAAACCAUUUCAGGCUGUCACAUACAAGCCUGUCAACACUGUGGUCGUGGAGGGAGUGCCUCCUGAGAGUUCUGUUGUCCAGCAUCUAAAAAUGGCAGUAAAAUUAGCAGAAUUCAAGUACCCUCAUUACCUAAAAGAACUGGCGAAACAAAGGAUGGAGGACUCUGAGAACCUCUCUCCAGCUGCCCGGCAGAGCCUCCCAUCAGUGAAGGGUCUUCUCAACUCUCCUUUAAAGAUGAAGACAUACUCUCAUCGAUUUCACCUCCUGUUGCACCUGGAAGAGAUACAGAUGGAGGUGGACAUCAGGAGGUAUGACCUCCGCAACGAAACCAUGACUCAAGAACGAAGCAACAGUAAACUGCUCACCCUCUGUGUUCCUGGUGUCGCUGAGAAUCGACCAUCUGUACUACGAGGAGAUUGUCUGAGGGUGUCCAAGUCUGAAGACAAGGACCAGCCGAUCACCGUGUACACUGGAUAUGUUCACAGAGUGGAGCUGGACAGAGUGAAGCUGGGCUUCUCCAAGAAGUUGUUGCAGAUUUUUAUCACAAAUAUGAAGUUUGAUGUGGAGUUUACGAUUAACCGGUACCCCUUGAGAUUGCAGCAUCGUGCGGUGGACUUUGCAGCAAAGCAUCAGCUUGAAAAAGUGCUGUUCCCAUCUGGUGCAGCAGCAGCUAACCUCUCCAUGCCUAAACUCAGGAUGUUCAACCGUCAGCUGGAAAACAACCCACAGCAACAUGCGGCAGUCCAACGUAUUGUAGCCGGAUCAUCAAAGCCUGCUCCUCAUCUUGUGUUUGGGCCCCCUGGAACCGGAAAGACAAUCACUCUGGUGGAGGCUAUGAAUCAGGUCAGCAGGGCAGCCCCGUCAACCCACAUUCUCGCCUGUGCACCUUCCAACAGUGCAUGUGACCUUCUCUGUGAGAGGCUGAUGGUAAACAUGGAUCCUCAUCAGGUUUACCGUCUGUACGCCAGCAGCCGAGACCCAAAUAGUGUCCCAAAAAACCUGCUGAAAUACUGUAAUUGGGAUGAGACACAAGAUGGUUUUGUGUUUCCAGAUAAAGGAAGUCUGAUGAAAUACAAAAUCAUAGUUUCAACUAUGAUCACAGCUGGCAGACUGGUGUCUGGAAGAAUCCCAGUCGGCCAUUUUACCCACGUCUUUUUGGAUGAAGCCGGCCAGGCAGUGGAGCCAGAGUGCGUCAUUGCUGUUGCAGGUCUGCUCGAUGCAUCAGAGGGUCAGUUGGUGCUGGCAGGAGACCCCAAGCAGCUGGGUCCGAUCCUUCGAUCACCUCUUGCGCUGCAGUAUGGACUCGGACUUUCUCUGCUGGAGAGACUGAUGACAGACAACAUUUUAUAUCAGAAAAGUACAGACUCUGGACACUUUGACUCCCGCUUUGUCACCAAACUGCUGCGAAACUACAGGUCUCAUGCAGCCAUUCUGAAAAUCCCCAAUGAGCUGUUCUAUGAGAAUGAACUGCAGGUGUUUGCUGAUCAGUGGGAUCGGGAGGCCUACUGCAACUGGAAAUACCUUCCCAAAAAGGGUUUCCCACUCAUCUUCCAUGGGGUGAUGGGCAAGGACGAGAGAGAAGCCAACAGCCCGUCUUUCUUCAAUGUGUCUGAGAUUGAAGUUCUGGUGGACUACCUCACCAAGCUGAUGGAAACUCAAGGAAAGCAGGGUCUCCCCAAGCUCUCUGCCAAAGACGUUGGCAUAAUCUCCCCCUACAGGAAACAAGUUGAGAAAAUCCGGAAGGCUCUCAAGUCCGUCCCAGCCUUGAGGCAGUGGUACGAUCUCACAGAGCUCAAGGUGGGAUCUGUGGAGGAGUUUCAGGGACAAGAGAGGAAGAUCAUCAUGAUCUCAACUGUCCGCAGCAGCAUCAGCUAUGUCAAGAUGGACGAAGACUUCAACAUCGGAUUCCUGUCAAAUGAAAAGAGAUUCAACGUGGCUGUGACCAGAGCCAGGUCCCUGCUGAUAGUCGUGGGAAACCCUGUGAUCCUCAACAAGGACCCCAUAUGGAAGAAGUUCAUCAGCUACUGUGUGAAGGAGAAGGGUUACACGGGAUUUGACUUUAAAGACACAGAGGGAGAAGAUGAUAUUGUGUCAAGACUGGCAACCCUGAAAAUCAGUGUGGAUUCUGAUAGCCCUACAGUCGAGGAGAGUGCCCUGCAGCAGUACGUGGAACCCGAAUGGAAAUAUGAGCAUUAACAUCUGCGUUAGACAACCAACACAAAAUGAACUGUUUGCAAUGACAGCUUCUAAAAAACGUGAUCAGAGUUAAGAAAAUGAAGAUGUGCAGCAAGCACAACACAUCCUUUUUAUGAACUUUUCUAAGAGCAGUUGGUGCAAUAGAACAGGGCCCCGCUUUUGAUUUCUCUUUGCUCCUUGACUUUUUCACUUGGUCUCUUCAGUGGUUUUUUUUUUAAACUAGAUUAGCAUGAACAUUGCUGCAAACAAGCAAUUCAUUUUCUGGAUGAGAGAAUUUCAUUUCUCAGGAGUUCAUCGCCAUUUGUCUUCCUGCUGUAUGUCUCUGUUCUUAUUUUCUGAUAACUGAAGAUGAAGAAAUAAACUUUGUUGUUUUUCAACCAUAUUGUACUGCA